AUGGAUCCAACCGAACAGAUGUGGAUGUUUGUGAAUGGUCUCAACAUAAAGACCAAACAGUUGAUUGAUAUCGCAGCCGGUGGCUCUACUAAUUUCUCAAAAGCCACCGGUAUCAAAAAGAUCAUUGAAGUUAUUGCUGCUAUAGAGCACUUGGAGUUGUACGAUAGAUGUCAAAGUAAACUAGAAGGGGUUAUCUAUUUAAAUCUAGAAACUAAUAAAAUCCGCAUCGAAGAUACUAUAGCUACUGAAGUUGAGAAGAAGCUGAAGGCGGUGAAUAUAUUGGAUCUUGAGAUCAAAGAAAAUGAAGCACUGGGGGAAGAAUUGGUGGCACUGAAACCAGUAGUGAAAGAAACAUUCACUGAGCCUAAACCAGUUAUUAAGCUUCCUUUUCCCACUAGAAACAAGAAAAAGGGGCAACAUGAUAAAAAAUUUGAAAAGUUCCUGGAGUUGUUCAAGAAACUAGAGAUUAACAUUCCGCUAUUGGAGGCACUUGAACAAAUGCCUACUUAUGCCAAGUUCAUGAAGGACAUCAUUUCUAAGAAGUGUGCCAUCGACACCAACCCGAUUAUUCUAACUGAAACUUGCAGUGCUAUUUUGCAGGGAGCUAGUGUGAGUCUCAUGCCAUUAUCCUUUUACAAGAAGCUUGGUAUAAGGGUUGUGCAAGAUACCAGGAUGACACUCCAAUUCGCCAAUCAUUCGGUCAAGAAACCGUAUGGUAUUGUUGAAGAUGUUCUGGUGAAAAUUGACAAGUUUGGAUUCCCGGUGAAUUUAGUAAUUCUAGCAAUGCCUGAAUAUGAAGAGAUCCCUCUCAUUCUUGGGAGACCCUUUUUAGAGACGGGAAGAUGCUUGAUUAACAUAAAAGAGGGGACUAUGACAUUGAAGGUUUAUGAGGAGGAAUUAAAGAUUGAUGUUCGGAACACCAUGAAGUACAAAGAUGAUAUUUGUACCAGUCAUACUAUAGAGGAUCUGGAUCAAGUGAUGACGUAUGAUAGUCUUUUGAAUGCACCAUAG